AUGCCUUCCAACAGAACCCCCGAGGCCAAAUAUGACCACCUGUCAGAUUCUGAAAGCGAUGAUGCGUCUAGCUUUCUUAAACUGCGUUCCACCAGCCACCACUGGGGUCAAAGCCGGGGGUUGGUUGUUGGCCUUUGUGGAAUAAUUGCUGCCCUGCUCACCGCAUUGUUCGUCAUGGUGUGGCAGCACAUGGCCAGCCCAAGCCAGCUGCAGUGCGCAAAGCUCAAUUCUCCAUUUUGUCAGUCAUUUGCUUCCCAGAAGGUGUUUACGUUCUUUAUCCUGAGCAUUGUGACUGACUUGGGGGCAGCACCCGCGUGGGAUGGAGUUGAAUUUUGGGAAGGCGACUUUGAGAACGAAUUUCCGCAUAAAACACUCUACCGAGGGCCGCCGACGCCAGAACGGGAAAAGGCCUGGGAGGAUCUCUGGUUAUACACACCGGUCACCGUCCCAGAACGUGGCAUUGCGGCUCUUAAUCAAACCGGUAAACCGUGGUUGAAGAGCGAUGAUGGCAAAGGAUACACAGCUUUGCUGGAGGUGUUCCACUAG